AUGGCUCUCCAGAAGACCCUUUCAUUGCUUCUGCUCUUGCUGCUGACCCUGCUGGGGCUGGGGCUGGUGCAGCCCUCCUAUGGCCAGUCCAUGUACCAACGAUUCCUGCGGCAACAUGUGGAUCCUACGGUGACAGGUGGCGACAUUAAAUACUGUAACUUGAUGAUGCAAAGACGGAGGAUGACUCAGUUUCAUUGCAAGCAAUUCAACACCUUCAUCCACGAAGACAUCUGGAACAUUCGUAGCAUCUGCAGCACCACCAAUAUCCGGUGCAAGAAUGGCAAGAUGAACUGCCAUGAAGGUGUAGUGAGUGUUACAGACUGCAGAGAUACAGGAAGUUCCCCAGCCCCCAACUGCAGAUAUGGGGCCAGGGCCAGCACUAGGCGUGUGGUCAUUGCCUGUGAGGGUAACCCCCCAGUGCCUGUGCACUUUGACAGAUAG